AUGGAUUUGCGCAACAUCAUGAAUAACGACGCCGGCGGCGCCUCCAACGCUCCGCCGGCCACAGGAUCCUCAAGCCCUCCGUCCGAUCCAGCCCAUCAACAGCGCGUGCCAACAAGCUAUUCAGACUACCCAGCACGUCCUCCCCAACCCCAACCUCCAGUGCCGCAUGCGCAGCACGCCUCGCCAGAUCGCUCUUCGCCUUACGGCCCUCCCCAAUCACCGUACGCACCGUUCAACAACGCGAGGCCUCCGCCUUUGAAUACCACCGUACAAGCUCAAAGAAGCCAAAGCCCUACACACGUUUCGACGCCCUAUGGCGCCGGUGCGCGUGAUUCCUACGGCGCGACGGUGUACAAUUCUCAGCCUCAACAUCCGUCGGUCCCUACAGCUUCGCCCUACACUCCACAACAGCCUGUGAGUGCGGGUCCCCAGUCAAGUGAAUCGCAGUCGUACUUUGCGCAACAACGGUCUCAUUCACUACACACUGUUAUGACCAAUCCGCCACGCCCCAUCCCUCAAGAAACUUCUCCCUCCACCGCUCCACCUCUCCCAUCGCAGUAUUCUUCCACACAUCGCUCGGUCUCAAGCACACCUCUUGGCCCACCUCCUGCUUUUUCACGUCACUCCCCUUUGUCUACACGUCCACCAUCUUCCGGCCGUGAUUCUCCGCGUAAUCCUCUUUCCAGUCCGAGACCUACCCCCGACCAGAUACAAUCCCCAGUCGCUCCGCGAAAUUUUUCGCCAGGCGCCCGCCCAUCAGAAUCAAAUCCCCAGUUCUACCCGACAGUUGUCAAACAAGAGCCCAGUGAGACUGUAAGUCCUCGCUUUGCCUCUCGGCAGAAUAGCGCCGCUGCCACGUCCGAUUCUGCUGGGCCCCCUUCCCGCUCGGAUGACAACAAGUGGAACGACAGCCCUACAGCGCAGUCCACUGCUCGACCCAGUCCUGAUCCUGUCAAUUCCCAGAGUACCUCUUCACAGAUAAGAAGCUCACCGUCCGGCCCCCGGGCUCACAAGAUUGCGAAAAUGGAUGCGGAUCACGAACCGAGCCCGCGCGUUUCAAGCCAGCCACCAAAGCCCAAACGAAGACGCUACCGCGAGCCUCCAAUUUUUGCUCAGCGAGUCGUCCGGAACAAAGGAAAAUGCCCUGUUAUCCCUUUCCCUCAGCCUCCCAUCACAAAGCAAGAAAGACGUGACAACGCGGAUCCCUGGGGAACGCGACGAGGAUCCCUGUUGGCAAGAGUUUCAGAAACCACAUCAAAGGCACCGAUCACUCCGUCUCAAACCGCUCCAACCCCCAGCAUUCUUCCAACAAACAGCAAUGGUCCUCCGUCGCAACCACCAUCAGCUGUAUCCCAGACAGGGUCAUUGGGAGCUUGGGAACCGUCUAUCACUGGGUUCAUUCCGCAUGAAGAGAUUACAAAGAUGCUCUGCGACUUCUUAUUUCAGCAUGUGGUGGUCCGAGAGGACGUGGCCGUAGGACCAGCUGGCUCUGCUGCUGCUGGUCAAGGUGCUAUCAUCGAAGUUGAAGCGAAGCUUGGUCAUGUCAUGGACAUGGAUCGACGGGAAAGAUUGAGUCUGCCAGUCUUGACUGAAACUGUCCUCAAUCGCGAGAACUCACAAUUUCGGACCUCGUUCGAAAGCAAUAUGAGUGUCGAACAACACCGCGCCAUGAACAAUUUUCUAAACGAUGCCGUCAAAGCGUCCAUGCCCAACACCAAUCCCAAGCGCGUCCCGGUGUCCUACGCCCACAAGAAAGAACGCGACACCUUCUACGAAGUCUCCCCGGCCGACCUCCCACCCAUAAUCCGCCAGAACCUGAACCCGCGCCACAAGCCCAAAGUCCGCGUAACAACAGACCAGCGAACCGGCGAGGUUCUCGCCAAAAUCAUCAAAUGCCGUGUCGCAGACAUAGACGUUCUCAGCCCUUGCACAGCUGUCGACUGGCGGGUCAGCGUGAACCUGGAAAUGGAAUACCCCGGCGAUAUCUCCAAUCUUCCCGUAGUCGACGCAAGCAGAGGCGGCCGUGGGGAACGCAACAAAGAUCGCAUGAGCUACCGACACCUGGCCUACCAAGUCGAUUUGACCCAACACGAGCUCGAGGUGGAGGUUUCUGCGGCUGAGCUCCGGCGGCAGGGCAAUCUUGCUAGGAAGGGUGACCCGACACAUCAGUACGAGGAAUUGGUCAAGGGUUUCGUGGACAACAUUCGAGUGCUGGCGCGAGCUGUGCCACGUUGA